UACACAAAACUGCGAUGCGACGUCGCAUCGCAAAAAUCUGCGAGCUCCCUCUACGCAUCGCAAGAACUUGCGAAUUGAUUCGCAUCGCGCAUUCCUGCGAUGUUGCGUCACAUUUUUUGACGCCAUUUUAUAGUUCGCUCAGGGACAGCGUGUGGGCAAGACGUGUACUUUAAAAAUGACAGAAUACGACGUUGAUUUUUUAAUAUCACUGAUUGAGGAGCGCCCUGUUCUUUGGGACACUAGUAAUGAAGAUUAUAAAAACAAAUUCAUCAAACAAGAUGCUUGGAAGGACGUGUGUAAAAGUUUAUAUCCAAAUUUCGAGGAAAAAGAAAACAAUGAAAAAACUAAACUUGGUAAUUCAGUAAUACAAAGAUGGAGGGGGAUUAAGGAUACCUUUAAUAAAUAUGAAAAGAAACUCAAAGAUGCAAGUAGGUCAGGGUCUGGAUCCAAAAAUAUAAAAGAAUACCAUCUGUACAAACAAUUACAAUUUCUUAAGAAAAAUUUGCAAAAUGAGACCUCUACUAGUAUAAAUGAGUCAGAAAAUGAGCAAGAUAAUCAAGAAGGUACAUCUAAAACACGUUACCAAAGGCAGCCACCAAAAAGAAAAGAUGGUUAAUAAUAAUUUUGAAGAUGAUAUUGUAAAGAUUUUAAAGGAACCUGAGAAUAGACACAUAUCUUUUUUUA